AUGUCCCUCCGACCAACGCCAAAUUUCACCCGCUGGCUCACCCAGCCAACACGCGCAACCACCAUCCUCCGCGCAACGCAAAUACAAAGGCCCGCCCUCCGCCCAUUCUCCCUAAGCAGCGCGCGCAGCAACACACGAACCCUAUCAACGAAAUAUACCCAACCAUUCCAGCGACCCAACCCUCGCUCCAACCAACAUCAAUACCAAAAGCGCUUCAAUUCAACCAACAACAGCAACCCCAAUGCGCAAAGACCGAACCAAGGCCACCAACAACAGCAAAGCAGCAAAGAACCAAGCGGUCUAUCUGCACGCCUAAAAAAGCUCACCCGCGAAUACGGCUGGGCCGCGCUGGGCGUGUAUCUAACGCUCAGCGCGCUCGAUUUCCCAUUCUGUUUCGCGGCCGUGCGAUUGCUGGGUGUUGAGCGGAUUGGACAUUUCGAGCACGUUAUUUUGGGGUAUUUGAAGGGGGUUUUUGGGCCGAUUUGGCCUGGUAUUUGGACCCAACUUGUCUUCGCCUACGCCAUUCACAAGAGUCUUCUUAUUUUCGUGCGUGUUCCGUUGACGGCGGCCGUGACGCCGAAGGUUGUUAAGGUUUUGCGUCGAUGGGGUUGGGAUAUUGGGAAGCGGGCGCCGAAGAGUACCUAG